AUGGCCUGGCCCGAGGUAUCCGUGAGGCUGCCAAGGCUCUGGACAAACGUCAAGCCCAUCUCUGCGUGCUUGCUGCCAACUGCGAUGAGCCCAUGUACGUCAUGCUGGUGGAGGCCCUCUGUGCCGAGCAUCAGAUCAAUCUCAUCAAGCAGUCCUGCCGGAGGUGUGAUGGAUGUCAACACCGCUCUCCCUGAAGUGCUCAAGACCGCACUCAUCCACGAUGGCCUGGCCCGAGGUAUCUGUGAGGCUGCCAAGGCUCUGGACAAACGUCAAGCCCAUCUCUGCGUGCUUCCUGCCAACUACGAUGAGCCCAUGUACGUCAUGCUGGUGGAGGCCGUCUGUGCCGAGCAUCAGAUCAAUCUCAUCAAGGAUUAUGGCAAGGAGUCCCAGGCAAAGGAUGUGAUUGAGGAAUACUCCAAGUCCAAGAAAUGAAGUGUCAAUAAAAAGAUGAAAUGAGGCUCUGGAGUGUGUUAUUGAUUUGAGUUGCUUGGUUGGAUAUUGAGCAUUAUUUCACUGUGUACCAAUCGUGUAGCUUGGUUAGUGCAUCAUUUCAUGAGCUCACUCUCCAAAUUGAGAAUUUCUGAUUUUUUUUUUUUCCUUUGGAAAAAGCUCUUUGCCCUCUGGAUAAUAUUUUUUACUGCUUAGUCAGAAAACGUUGAUGGUCAAGCAGCAUGGAUCCAAAAUUUGUGAGUAUGAACGAGUGAAACUUGAACCGUGCAAUGUGGAGUUUUGAAAUUCACACCAUAGGAGCAUCUAGUAAAAGUUCAAAUAUAUGUAUAUAAAUGCCACUUGUUUUGCACAUGU